AUGGCUUCGCUUAGGAAUCUCGCGUUCGAGCAUGAGGGCAGACCGGUUCAGUUUUACACGUGGCUCGACGACCUGCAGCUAUACCUAUUGAGCGAUUCUAAGGACAGUGUUUCGCUGUUUGGCCUUGCGUCAGGCGCCGCCCCUGCCCCUCCCGCCACAGCUGACAGUGCGACUCGCUCACAGUGGCUUACUCGCGACGCUGCUGCCCGCUUGGCCAUUCGCAACCACCUGCCGUUAGCCGAAUGUGCCCACUUCGGACAGCACAGGACAGCACAAGCACUGUACGCCGCAGUCGUAGCUCGCUACUCCUCGCCUGCCACUGCUGCUCUAGGCCGACUGCUACUGCCCUACCUGUUCCCCGAGCUGUCAGCUUUUGCCACAGUAGAGGACUUAGUUUCCCACCUGCGCACUAGCAACGCUCGCUACCACGCUACCGUCCCUGCUGAAUUCCUUGACAGGAACCAGCCCCUGAUGUUCAUCACCCUCUACUUCAUAGUCACUCGCCUCCCAGACUCUCUUCGCUCUGUCAGGGACCAAUUUCUCUUUCUUGACCCCACCUCCCUCACUGUUGACCUCCUCGAGCAGCAUCUCCUCGCAGCUGAGAGUAGUGCAGUUGCUGUAGGUGCUGCUCGUGGCACUCCGCGCCCGCCCUUCUUUGAGGGGUGCUCCCCCUCCCCCCUUGCCCCCUCCUACGCCUCUGCUUCUGCUGCAGACGUCUCAGUUGCUGAGGACGUCGGGGCUGCUUCUGCUAGUGCGAAGCGCCGCAGCACCAAGGGCAAGGGUGGCAGGGGUGGUGGGGGUGGCAGCGGUGGUGGUGGAGGUGGCAGCGGGAGUGGUGGUGGGGGCAGCAGUGGAGGUAGUGGAGGCAGUGGAGGUGGUGACGGCGGUGGGACUGGUGGCGGGAGUGGGGGCUCUGGUGGCGGCGGUGGAGGCAGCGGUGGGAGUGGCAGCAGUGGAGGUGGUGGGAUUGGAGGCGGUAGGGCUGGACCUAGGCAUGGAGGCCCUGGUGAUGGCCAGCGGCAGCAGCAGCAGCGUCGUAGCGAGACUCAGUCGCCCCAGCAGCUCCACAUGCGGGAAGUUUCAUACUCAGCAGCGCUGCUUCUCUCGCCUCGACGUCGAGCUCCCUCGCUGGGCAGAUCUGCUUAG